AUGAAGCUUCCAGGAUUGUCUGCAGCUCUACCAGCUGCAUUGCUAUUUACAGGAUGUUCGGCUAUCUCAAUAUUAAUGGGGAACGACGAUGGAUUUGGUAGUGCUCAACUACGGGAAUUCUAUCGACUGUUGAAGGAGGACGGGCACGAGGUUGUUGUAGUUGCCCCGGUGGACAACGAGUCCGGCCAAGGAGGACGUUCUGUUUUCACCACAUCAAGGAACUUGACCACUGCUUCAGAGUUCAAUCUUGUCCCUGCUGGCAGCCCUUCUCUUGGUCGAGACGAGAAUGACCCAGAUAUUUGGUAUUAUAAUGGCACGCCAGCCGCCUGCACUUUUGUGGCGUUGGAUUUCGUUCUUCCCCGGUUCUACGAUAAUCGAACAAUUGAUCUAUACGUGGGAGGACCAAACUAUGGCACAAAUCUGGGCUCCUUUCUAUACACGCUAUCUGGCACCAUGGGCGGCACAUAUGCAGCAGUUGGCCGUGAUCUCCCUGGGAUCGCAUUUUCGGGCGGAAACAGCGAACAGCGCUCGUAUACGUGGAUCAACACAACCACCGCCUCCGGCUAUGCAGAUCCGGCAACCAUUCAUGCUCAACUCUCCUUCAAUUUGGUGAAACAUUUGAUCGAUGGCACUCCCGCUGGCCAACGAUUACUACCCCUUGGAUAUGGUAUCAACGUGAACACCCCUUUCAUUACAUCUUUCACCAACGACAGCUGCGUUGACCCGCCAUUCGUCCAAACCCGCUUUGGAGGUGGUUCCUUCACCGACAUUGCUGUUUACAACGAAACCACUGGGCUGUUCAGGUACGGCAACUUCCUCUCCGAAGGUGUUAACAGGUGCAUCAACGGAGACUGCUCCUUACCCGGUGAGACUCCCACCGUGGAUGACGGCUGUGCAGCCAGCGUCAGCGUCUUCACCAUCGAUUACGACGCGCCUUUGGGACCCGAGCAGGGUGGCGUCAGAGCAGCACUGAGCCCGCUUGUGCAUUUGGAAGGCGCAGACAGGAUGAGAGUCAAGGCCAGAGCUGGGUUGAGCAAGGAGGAACUCGAGGCUCGACACCCAUUGAGACAUGAAUAA